CCUGUGGAAGGGAAGACGACCGAGCUGUCAAAACGCAACAAUCGCCUCUGAAUUAUCGCCGCGGGCGGAGAGAAACACCCAACCAGCCUCGACGGGAGUCAAGGGGAAUAACAGCGACCGUUUUUGAACGCCGUUUUUCGCAGGAAUACGGACAAAAAGUCCGUGGCGUCCUGCUGGAUGUUGGGCUAACGUCUGCUAGCUUGAGGUUGUUUUUGAUAAACCGAGCUAGCUAGCUAAACGAAGCAAGUUAUUUACCUUGUUAGCGUUUUAUCACGCUUUUUUUUUUUUUUAAUUGUUUUUAAUUUUCUGAAGGUUUAACACCGAAUAUUCAGCAUGAAUGUGGCCAAGCCCUAACAGGUUCUGUCCGACAUGUGAGAUCUCCCCCCCUCGCCCGUCCUCGUCGACCCCCCCCCACUGAGCCCUCGACCUCUUUGCUCCAACCUUGUGCGCUUGUCAUGUGGACAAUAACAUCCAGAACAAGACUCCCGUUAACCUCUCUGGUGUCGCCACCUUUAUCGUCACUGUCAUCAACGCUAUGGACCGGAAUAAACGCAACUCCAUCGCUGGGUUUCCCGUGCGGCCCGAGCGCCUCGCUGAGGACAGAGACGGCCUUGGCGGCGUAGGCGUGUGUGAGAUGGGCAUGGGGCCGCCAUCGCAGGUGGGCAGGGUGUGCCCAUCCUCCUACAGAGCCCUUAUCAGUGCCUUCUCCUGCCUUACUCGACUGGACGACUUCACCUGCGAGUGGAUCGGCUCAGGCUUCUUCUCCGACGUUUACAAGGUGUGGCACCGAGCAUCGGGUCAGGUGAUGGCGCUUAAGAUGAACAAGCUGAGCAGCAACAGAGCCAACAUGCUGCGAGAAGUCCAGCUAAUGAACCGCCUUUCGCAUCCCAACAUUCUCAGGUUCAAGGGAGUGUGUGUGCAUGAGGGCCAGCUGCACGCUUUGACGGAGUACAUCAACGGUGGCAACCUAGAGCAGCUUCUGGACAGCAACAAGCACCUAAGCUGGCCGGUCAGGAUAAAACUGGGCAGCGACAUCGCCAGCGGACUGGCCUAUCUGCACGCCAAAGGCAUCUUCCACCGGGACCUCACCUCCAAGAACUGCUUGAUCAAAUGUGACGACAACAGCUACACGGCAGUGGUGGGAGACUUUGGAUUGGCUGAGAAGAUCCCUACUAACUUCGCGGAGAGAGAGAAGCUUUCAGUGGUUGGUUCUCCUUUCUGGAUGGCACCUGAGGUUCUGAGAGAUGAACCUUACAACGAGAAAGCAGACGUCUUCUCUUACGGCAUCAUCCUGUGUGAGAUCAUUGCCAGGAUCCAGGCUGACCCUGACUUUCUCCCCCGCACAGUGAACUUUGGCCUGGACUAUCACACCUUCCAACACAUGGUUGGCGACUGUCCACCUGACUUCCUCCAGCUGGCCUUCAACUGCUGCAAUAUGGACCCCACACUCCGUCCCUCCUUCACAGACAUCAUGCGGCACCUGGAUGACAUUCUGGCACGCCUCAAGGUGGAAUACGUGGAGCACCUGUGCCCCCCCUCACUGGGCGGCGAGGGUGGCAAUAAGACAAACGCCACCAAAGGGGAGAAGAUUCAGGGCCUAAAGCGACUCAACCCCCUCAUCUUCCACGAUGACAAAAUCCCCCCGAAAUCUCCCCGGCCCCGCCGCAACAUUUGGCUCAGCCGCAGCCAGUCGGACCUCUUCUCCUGCAAAGCGGGAAGGAAGGUGAACGUCCAGGACCCGUACUACGAGCCGCCGCCUUCCCAGCGAGCCCCCAAGGCCCAAAAGGUCAACCCCUUCACAGCGCGAGAGGACCUGUGUGGGGGAAAGAUCAAGUUCUUUGACGUGCCCAGCAAGUCGGUCUUCUCGCUGGUCUUCGACCUGCACUCGCCUCCUGGCAGCGCCUUCACCAGCCGGCCCCUUGCGCACACCGCUGCCGGGCCCCAGCAGGCGUCGUCAUACUACUGGCAGCAGUUGCCAGGGCGACAGUGUCACUCAUUGCCGGUGUCACCCCAACUGCCUCGCUCAGAGUUCUUGUACGCCGCCUCGGCCGCCCACAACGGCCUCACGCCCUGCAGCACAUACCAGCGGACCUCCACCAUGUCGUCCCCCUUUUGGUCCGAGGCCGACCCGCCGGGACACGAAGUUCGGCAGAAGGCGGUGCUGAGCGGCUGGGCCAAAAAGUAUGUAGUGGUAGAGAUCCCACCUUACUGCGGGCCAGAGGAGGACGAUUGUAGGACGGGGGAAGGCGAGGACGAUGUGUUUGGGGAGAACUGGUCUCCGACUGUCCCUGCCGUGGAGGCCAUGGAGUGCUCGAGCACCCUGGAGGAUCAACACGCAUUGACCCAUGUAAUGCCACCUAGGGACUGAAGGGGGCGGUGUGGGUCCUCUGGACUCUGUACAGAAAGAAAGUGAAAUUAAGUUGAAUAUUUCAAAGAAAGCAGUUAAAGACGUUUAAGCUUUUAUGACGCAGCUGUGACACAAAAGGUCACAAUAAACCCACAUGCUAAUAUUGUUGAUAUUUAUUGAUAUUUUGGGAUGACUGAUUGUUUUGCUUUUAAAAAGGAUUUCCAUUGUUAAAAGAUAAUUUUGCUUUGUCAGCAGUUGUUUUGUUGUAGAAAUCCUUUCAAGUCCACAUUUGACUGAUUUUUGUUUUCCUGACAUGAACCCCCCCAAAAGCGUCAUGUUUAGCUAAUCUUUGAUCGGACCUUCAUCCUUUUUUCAUGUACAUUAACAUCCCCAAAGCCAGCAUUGAUUGUGUUUGGCGUGCGCAGCUUGAUGCCUAUCCACACUUUUACCAGCAGUCACGCCGUGUCUUCUUUCAGAGACAAUAUUCAAUCUCACAAAACUGUUUUUUGUUGAUUUUUUUUUUUUUACAUCUAAACAGCUGUCAGUGUUUGUAAAAAUGCAAUUAAGAGAUUAAGGAGUUUGCCGCAAUAGGAACUAAAAUGCACUAUUUUUUUGAUCUUUGUGACCAUUUCUAUGCAAAACCAUUUUCACUGUUGAGCAGAAUCAAAAAAGUCUUACCUUCUUUGUAUAUUUGUGUAAAAAGGUUGUUGACUACAGACUGAUAAGUUUUUUGUCUGCUCAUUGUAAUAAAACUUUUCUCAAGAGUUUCUUUGAAGUUUCGCUCAAUAAAACUUUUUGGACUGAC